AUGCCAGUUGUGAAAAGUUAUGAUCGUGCGGAGAGCCAACAAGUUGAAUAUUUGGAUCAGCCCGAUAAAUCGGAGAACGACAAGAAGGAAUAUAGAGCCAUCAGAUUGCCAAACGGUUUAGAAGCUUUGCUAAUAUCCGAUGAAUAUUUAACAACAUCUUCUUCUGAAGAAAAAAAGGCAGCGUGUAGCUUAUGCGUGAACGUAGGAAAUUUCAGCGAUCCACCAGAAUUUCCGGGUAUAUCAAAUGUCGUAGGCUAUGAGUACAUGUUUUUUCGAGAAUACAAAAAAAAUUUAGAGUGUACUAGUUUGCAAAAUUUUAUUUUUGACCAUGGUGGCACCACUAAUGUCACAGUGAAUGAUGAGGACACAAUGUUUUACUUUGAUAUCAAAGAAAACAACUUGCUUUUAGCUCUCCACAAAUUUGGUCUUUUUUUUGUUAAUAUAACGCCAAAACACAUAUUUAUGGAGCUAAUAAAUUUCGUAAAAAACGAAUUCCAGAUGUUAUUUGUCAAAACGAGAUACGAACACCUAUUUUCCUCCUUCGCACAAACUGGUCAUCCAGCCAACAAGUUUCCUGCGGACCACAUAAUAAAAUUGCGCAAUAAUGUAGACUCCAAGAAAUUGUACAAUACGCUAAAUAAAUUUAAAAAGCGCCACUACAGCGCUCACAGAAUGAAGCUAGUAAUACGGUCGGGACUACCGUUAGAUACAAUGGAAAAAUUUGUCAAAGCGUGCUUUGCUGAUGUGCCAAAUAACAGAAUGCCUCCGGAUAAUUUUGCCAAAUUUAAAAACGAUCUCCCUUUUGAUACUCCCGCUUUCCGAAAAAUGUAUAAGGUUAAGAAUAAUCUCCAACUUUUGGAACGAUUAGUAAUAACGUGGGCCUUGCCUUCGUUCUCCGAUUUUUAUAAAUGUAACUCGUAUCGAUAUAUCCCGAAGAUUAUUGGAUAUGAGGGAAAAGGUUCCUUAAUUAGUUAUCUACGACGAAAAAUGUGGAGUUCUAGAUCAGAAAAUAAUAUAUUUUAUUGCGAGAAUGAACAAAACUCUUUGUACAGCUUAAUAGAGCUCACCAUACCACUUACUUCAGAAGGACAAAAACAUCUGGAAGAUGUUCUAGAUGCAAUAUUUUCUUUUAUCAAUUUACUAAAGACAGCGGAUCCGCAGAGAUUGCAUUGCAAAGAAAUUUACAAUGACAUUUAUGAGACUAAUCAAAAUAUUUUUAGUUAUAAUAUUUACGACGAAGAACUAAUCCCUGAGAAACCCAUAAAACGAUUCUGUACGAAUAUGCAUUUCUAUCCGCCGAAGGCUUAUUUAACUGAAAACGCACUUGAUUCGAAUUAUAAUACAAAAGUUAUACAAAAAUAUUUGAAUUAUUUGGCGCCUGAAAUGGCGAAUAUUAUGAUUUUUUUAAAGGAUUUUAAUGAUUCCGAAUUAAUGAAAGUUGAACCAUGUUGGCAAACGGCAUAUAUGGAUAGCGAGAUACCGAAAGAGUGGAUCCAACGUUGGAAAGUCAUCGAGCCAUUACCAGAAUUUUGUUUACCUUUACCGAAUAAAUUCCUUAUCAACAACCUUGAUCUAAUAAAGACACCAAACGAAAAAAUUGAGAAAUAUCCUUUGAAAAUAUACAGUAACUCUAUGUCGGAGCUUUGGUAUAGCCCGGAGUUUUGUUUGCCGAAAUGUUGUAUGCAUUUCUAUUUUAUUUCCCCUCUAAAACUUCAGUCGCUGAAGAACGGAGUUCUUAUGGAUAUGUACUGCAUAUUAUGGGAACAGCUAUUAGCCAAAGAAUUAUAUCCAACUAAACAGGCUGAGUUUAAAUUUCAUAUCAGGGACAACAUAAACGGUUUUACACUAAAAAUGAGCGAUCUUAAUGAAAAUCUGCCAGAUAUCACUUUGAAAGACUUUCAAGACUUUGUGAAAUCCUUUACCGAAUGUCUGUACAUUCAAUGUCUCAUUCAAGGAAACAUAACGCCGACUGCUGCGAUCAAGACCGUACAGCAAGUUAUUAAAACAAUUAAUUAUAGACCUUUACACCCAAAUACGAUACAACAGCUUAGAGGCACUCAGAUACCUUUGGGCAUAAGCUAUUACAAGAUUAAAAGUAUCAACAAAUUCGAUACAAGUUCGAUAAUAACAAAUUAUUAUCAAAUCGGCGUCACCACGAUUGAAUUAUCGACGUUAAUCAGUCUGUUAAUCUAUAUAAUGGACGAUAAGUUACUCGAGGGUCUACGCAUGGAUAAGUUUGCGUUUCCCAUAGUCCAAGUUAGAGACAUUAACGGAAUUUUAGGAUAUUCUAUUACUGUUUACAUUAACGCAGGCGAAUACACAACCGAGUACGUUGAUAAGAAGAUCGACAAAUUUUUGAAAUGGUUUAAAAACGAUUUGGAAAAGAUCACAGAAGAGGAAUUGGAUGUUUACAAAGAAAUGUUCCUAAAAUCUAGACCACAGGACGAUGCCAACAUUGAAAACGCAGUUGAAAGAAACUGGAAAGAGAUCGUGAAGCGUACUUACAUAUUUGAUUUUCACGAACAGGAAAUACUUGCUCUAAAGAAAAUAAACGUUAAUAAGCUGCGGGAAUGGCUUGCAGACCACAUACCGAACGGAUGUAAUUUUAGAAAAUUAAGUUUACAUAUUGUAGGAACUAUUCCUAAAAAAGCGAAAUACGUUUACUUGGAAUGCAUAAACGGCGAUCAUCAGCAGUACAAGCCAAACAAAAAUCAUUAUAUUACUAAAGUAGAAGAUUAUAAGAAAAAACUCUUCAUGUUUCCAACUAAGCGUUCCAACAAAUCCUCUCAGAGGAUAAAUUAA